CUUUUUUCCUUUUUCAUUGCGUAACGGAUUCUUCCAAAAGUGGCGCAUCACCGGAAAGAACGCGGCUAAGGGCGCACAAGAAGUUAAAUCCGCUCGAAGGGCGAAGGAAAAGCGAACCCGAAGGAGGAAAGGUGUGCGUAGCCCGUUUUAGCUGCUGUGUGUGCUCGUUGCAUGUUCGGCUGUGUGUGCAUGUUUACGCAUGCAGAAGUUAACGUUGCUCUGCGUGCAGGUUUAUGUUGGCUUAUGCUGCUGUUGCUGCCGUUGCUGUGCUGUCUGGGGAGGAAAGUGUGCCGAAAAAAUAACAUAACUCCAAGGGCAUGCGCUUGGUAGCUGUACCCUCCGGCCCGUCCACCUGCUUUUGAGCUAAACGCACCCGGAGAAUCUGCCUUUCCCCCGGGAGUCAAGGCGAUGAUGCAGUGAAAAGUGUAAAUUUGUACCUCCAUCCGAGGGGGGUUGAAAGUACAACACAACGGGAUCGUGUGCACGUUCUCGUCCGUGUGGUGGUGUUGUCACGCGGCGCACAUCACCCGCAGGUCAGAUAGGUAGUGUGCUAGGGAAGGUAGUAAAUUAGAUCUUCGCCCAAGAAGGAGAAAGCAGCGGCGAGCAUCGGCCCAAGACGACGGAGGACGGCGGAGAAAAACUCGGUCAUUUGGUGAACAACAUUGGCCGAUUAAUUUGCCCACAAUGACGUCGAUUGUGGAUGUCAUCAACCACUACCAGACGAGCAUCAAUAAGUCGCUCGAUGAUAAAGCGCGGAUCGUACACUGUAUCGGUAAGCUGUACAAGCUACCGAUCUCGGUCCGCCAUCUGCAGGAUACCGGCAUCGGACGAACGGUCAACAGCUUACGAAAGUACGACGGUGAAGUAGGCACUGCAGCAAAGGCGUUAGUUACGAAGUGGAAGGCUAUGGUAGCAGCAGAAGAGUCUGACGACGGUAGCGGUUCACAGAAUAACACAAGUGAUAUGGAUAACAACGAUCAACAUCCUGAGCGCAAUGAGAGAAGCGACGAGGAGGAUGCCCAUGCCGAUGAGACAGCAGAGGAAACCCAUCACGGGACGCUGCAGCAUUACGGCGAACAUCAUGGCGUUAACGAUGCUGGUGAUCAUUCGGAUAAUGGAGACGACAAGGAUACAUCUUACGAAGAGUCUCAACUGCGUGUAGAUGAAGAAUAUCGUGAUGCACUUGAAAGCGGUAAUAAUAGCAGCAGUGAGGAGGAAUCCGAUGGUCCAACAUCGCAUCAACUGCACAGAACUCAGGAUACGGCUUACAGAGCGAAACCUGAUGGCGAACGUUGGAGUUCAUCCAGCCAUCAAGGAAGCAUCGCAUCGAGCAUGGAUGAGAAACAUUCUAGUACAUCACGCUCGCACCAUCAUCACAGUUCGUCGUCGAAAUCUAGAUCCAGCUCUCACAAACAAUCGUCCAGCAAGUCGCACGACGACGAUCGACGUCGGCAUCACAGGGAGGAAGAAUCGAAAUCUCACAAAGUAUCGUCGUCUUCCUCGCGCAGUGAGCAUGGAAGUGGACGGAAGUCAUCACACGGCGAUAGCACUGACAGCCGGCAGAAGGAACACUCUUCUUCCAAACAUCACAACACGGAAAGCAGUGGUAGCAGUAGUAAUAACGGAGUGGCCACCGAGCGUGGCAGUAAGAGCAGUAGUGAAAAGAGAAAAGAUUCUAGUCAGAAGGACCGUUCAAAGAACGAGCGGGACAGUGGAGGAAGCAGUAAAAGAAGUGCUGCCGAUAGUGGGAGUCAAGAUUCGAAGCGAUCCCGCAAGGACUCGGUCGGCUCUCCGAGUUCUUCUUCGUCACAUUCGAAGAAAUCCUCAAAAGAGUCCAGCUCAACGUCUUCUUCGAAGCACCGUGACCGUCAUGAGAAGUCAUCUUCGGCGGAAAAAUCUCAUAAAAGUAGUGACUCGAAGUCGAAACGAAAGGAACAAAAAUCGAAAAAACAUCAGGAAGAAGACGUAAACGCGGAAGAAUCACAUGAAGAGGAUACUCUAGAAGGGAUGGACGGUGCUGGUGGGGCCAGCUUUGCCGAUGCAUUAUCUAUGAUCGGUAUGCCCUCUACGUCGAAGAAAAAACAAUCGGGUGCCGGAAGCAGGGAAAAAAUUACGAUUAUCAAAUCGGUCUCAUCUCCGUCAGCCGGUGGCGGUCAUUCUUCGAAGUCGAGAUUAUCGACUGGUUCAUCGUCGAGCGCUGGUAAAAGCUCCAUACCUACAGCACAGGAAUUGCUGUCUUCGAAGGCCAAGUUACAGCCACUUCCCGAGGCGGCCGAAAUCGUAGAAGCGUUACCGAUGAUCUCACCCAACUAUCGUCCAAUGCCGCUCAAUCAAACCGUGAUGGAUUGCGUGUUUCUAGGUGGGUCCCAGAGUGGUGGUCGUGGACAGCGACGUCCCUUAACCGAAGAAGAAGCACUCGGUCAAAGUAUGCAAUCGAAAAAUAUGCGUACUAAAGUUUAUUCGGGCAUGAAGUCAACAAACGUGAAGGGCGUCAUACCUACGCUAUACGAUCUGUGCAUCCGGUUACUACAGGAUCACAUAGAUGAACUCGGAGCGACGGGUGGCAUACCGUUCUACAUACUAAAACCGGUACUAGAGCGAGCUACUCCCAACCAGUUGUUGCACUUAGAACACCAUAACCCGCAGUUCGUCGAAGACAGCGAUGUGCUUUGGGAGCAACACUGUAAACGUACGUUCCGAUCGAAGCAACGAAACGAGGAAGAGCUAGAGACAUGGCGUGAAAUGUACCUGCGCUGCUGCGAUGAACGCGACGCGAAGCUUAAGAGUCUGACUCAAAACAUCAAACUGUCACAAGAGCAGGCCGCUGCUCCGAUCCGAAAAACCCAGCUUGCUUAUGUUGAUUCCGCUGCGAAGCCACCUAGAGCCGUCAUAAAUAAGCAGGCCAGAUACGGGACGGCACGAGCGCCCGUCGUGUCACCGGCAGCGCGUGUCGCAGCACUCAAAAGCGGAAAUGUUGCCCAAGUUGGCGAUGCUCGUCUCAGGGUUCUACCGGGGGCUCGUGACAACGCACAGGCACAAGUGUUCCAACCGACAAAACCUCGCAAAGCACCGAUGAUGGCGAAGGUACUGUCGUCUAUGAAGGGUUUCAAGACGAGUUUUCGUCGUUGAGAUCGUACAACUAUUUUGACAACGAUGGCCGCAGCAACUAUCAUUUAAUGUUUGUUUUGAUAUCUACCAUCCAUAUUUUGAAUCCACAAAAACCGGAUUUCAAAAAUGGGGUAUCAAAUCUGAUUUGAGCGCAACACUUAGUCACACUUUUAUUCUUCAUUAUGUUCAAAUUAGUCCCAUUUAUUAUACUCCACCGUUAAUUUAGUCCGCUGUCUUAGGCUCCAUGAAAUUGAUUUUAGAUUACUAAUUGUUUUUUAUAUAAUGUUCAUUGACCAAUUGUUACAUUAAAAUAGAUUAUGUAAAGUAUAUAAGAAUUUAAAAUUUGGAGUCCAUUCGCAGUCCUUAUUGGAAAGAAAAUCAAUGCCGUCCCCUUACAUGCAUAUCGAAGAGAAAGAUGUUAUAUUUGCUAAUUGGUAACUCGGACGAAUUAAUGUAAAGCAUUUAUGAAUAUGCAACAAUGUUGUGAUAAACAUCAAACCACUCUGUGACUACUCGGUUGUUGAUUACGGUAAAAAUGAUUGUUAAUUUAUUUUACACUAAAUUACUGGAUAGUUCUUGCAACGCGAUGUUUGGUGUG